CGGCCGCCGUGCCAAGCACAUUAAAAGCGCGUAGAUUUAUUGACGGUAUAUUAUAUAUUGGCCUCGGCAUCCAUUAACAACAGAGCACGGUGCGGACUCACCGCUAUCAGCAUCACUGAGACACUUGCUGACAGCCUUUCUCCCCAGUGUGGGAAAACCAAAAGAAACAAAGCUCCAGAUGACCAGAACGCCUCCUCAGGCCGAUUCCACAAUGUUCGCGCUCCUCCUCCUUCUCUUCCUCCUCCUUCCCCCCUUCGCCCAGCCCGCUUCCAAACCUCUAACCCUCACUCUGACGCGCACCUCCAGUACUACCCCGGGCUCACCCGCGGACCCAUGGACAAAGCUCUCCCUCCUCGCUUCCUCCUCCCUCGCCCGAGCCCACCGCUUGAAGCGCCGCCACCACCACCACCACCACCAAGCGGCUGAGCUCGGACCCGACGCGGCCGUCGAUUCGACCGUAUCGGUCUCGCCACACAGCUCCGGUGAGUACGCCCUCACCCUAAGCUUCGGCACUCCGCCACAGCCCCUCAACUUGAGUCUCGACACCAGCAGCAGUCUCGCGUGGUUCCCCUGCACCGAAAGAUUCAGAUGCCCAAAUUGCCCCUCCUCAUCCUCCGGAAUCCCUUACUUCGUUCCGAAGUCGUCGUCCUCCGCUCGCUUCUUCGGCUGCACGGACCCCAAAUGCCGGUGGAUCCACCGCCGCGUGCCCUCGAACUGCUCCUCCGCCCCCGCCUCCUGCCCGCCCUUCUUCCUCAUCUCCGGCGGUGGAAUCAACGGCGGGGGGCUUCUUCUCUCCGAGACGCUCUCGUUGGCGGGGAAGCAAGUCGCGGGCUUCGCCGUCGGAUGCUCCGUGUUCUCCGACCACCAGCCCAUCGGCGUGGCCGCUUUCGGCCGCGGGCCACCCUCGCUACCGUACCAGCUCGGAGCGGGGUCCUUCUCCUACUGCCUCCCCUCCCACCGCCUCGAUGACGCCCCCGGUGCCAAGGGCGCGCUCGUUCUCGGCGCCGAUCCCCUCGCCGGAAACGGCCUUACCUUUACGCCGUUCGUGAAGAACCCAGCGGGCUCCGGUGCGUAUUACUAUCUCGGCCUGGACGCCAUAACGGUGGGAGGGGUGGCUGUGAGAGUCACGCCAUUAGGCCCCGGUGGCGACGGCGGCGCGAUCGUCGACACGGGCACCAGCUUUACCGUAGUAGAGGCCGGCGUCCACGAGCAGCUGGUGGCGGAGUUCACUCGCCAGGUCCGGAACUAUCGGCGUGCGACGUCCACGGAGGCGCGAUCGAGUCUCAGGCCGUGCUUUGAUGUGACAGGGCAGAAAACGGUGACCCUUCCGGAGAUGGCGCUGAGGUUCGAGGGCGGCGCAAUAAUGAGACUGCCGCUGAAGAAUUACUUCUCGUUCGUGGGCGAAACGGACGCCGUCUGCCUGACGGUGGUGGGCGGGGGCGGCGAUGGGGGACCGGCGGUGGUACUGGGAAACUUUCAGCAGCAGGAUUUGUACAUGGUGUUUGACGCGGACAGGGAAAGAUUGGGGUUCAGGCAGCAGACGUGCAAUGCAUAGAAACGGCGAUUGCCUUUGGUAAUUUACAUUCUUGGGCGUCAUUUGUUAAAGAUGCAGAAUGUGGUGGUGGAAUUAGCGAAUUUGGCUUCUUUCUUUCAUGUACUUUUUUGGGCUAAGAAUUGAAAGAAAAAACAUAUCUUUGAUGAGUAA